AUGUCCCCGAAGCAGUUCAUGCUUCACUACCUCACUUCACCCAACUCCGAAUUGGCUUAUCUGCGUCGACAUUGGGCUCAGCCAACUGGAAUUGAGUCAUCAGUUGAACUUAUUCAAGCAAUUGGGGCUUUCAUGAAGCAAUCUCCUGCCGGGAGGCAGGUAUGGCAUCAGGUCAUACAAGCCGAGGCAAUUGAAAUUGUUCGCCAAGAGGAACCGCCAACAGGAGUCUAUCCUCAAGGGUCUUUCCAAAGCUCGACAACGGUUGAGGCAGAUUUCUUCUCUGCAGAAUCCCGAGACCGUCAAGACGCUUCGCUUACAACUAACAUGCCAUUCUUAUCCAACGUGUUGAUGGGGAUGCUUCCAGCGCAGAACCCACAACACCACCGGUUCAAUGAGGAAGAAGAGCUGGCUCCAAAAAAUGGCUCAGAUGCCAACACCACCGGCGUGAACUCCACGGAAACUUCAGAUCGUUUGUUUGUGGGUGAAGAUACGCCUGGGGCGCUUACCGGGAUAGACAUGGAUUACAUUGGUUACGAGGAGAACACCGACGGUCAUAACGCUGCAACUAUGCGCUUCCGUAGGGUGAACGAUUGCAGUAUCACCAGUGGCCACCAGAUUGGCCGCGCAAAGGCAAGCGGCCCGCCGAUAAAGUCGAACCCCCACGGAAAAGGCAGAAACUUAGUGAAGUUGAACUCCGAUGAGAAUAUGCCCUCAACGAGUUCUCCUUUGGUUUCGCCGGCGAAGAAAACAUUCGACACACCCACUUCGUCAUAUGGCUCGGUCGACCGGAAGGGGAAGAGAAAAGCGUCAGAACAAAUUGAAUCUGACAAUGAAGAUGAGCAGGACGUUGAAAAAGUUGAAGACAAAGAGGAGGAAGAGGAGCCAGAGGAAAAGCCGAGUCGUGGGCGACCCCGUAAGGCCAUCCUCAAAGACGCUGCCAAGAGACUCAAGAAACUUUAA